UAUUUUUCCCUUUCCAGAUAAACCCAUUUAAUGGAGGAGAAAGUGAAGCGACUAAAACAACAACAAACGAGCAACAACAACAAAUCGUGCCUUCAUUUCUUCAAUUUCCGACAGAUGCUAAUGAUGGAAAUGAUGACAAUAAUAAUGAUUAUUUAAACCAGCCAUUUAAUAUGGCUAGACAACAAAAUUUAGAACAUGAAAACAUUGGCCGUUUUUCUUCUCUCCCUUCCACCCCUUGCAAUACACACCUACAACAAAUUCCUUUUGUCCAUCCACAACAACAACAAUCAGCUUCUUCGUCCUCUAAUUUACAACAAGAUCUCGGGAAUUGUCCUAUUUGCAAUGAUAAAGUUUCUGGAUAUCAUUAUGGCCUUUUAACUUGCGAAUCCUGCAAGGUGAUUUUUAUUUUUGUUAAUUUGGUAUGGGAGAGACGAGAGUGAGUGACAGUUAAAAGAGCCGAGAGAGAAGCGGCGAAGAGAGUCGAUAGACGAGUGAGAGAGCGGCGGAAGGGAUCGAGAGCCAAAUGAGAGAGACAUGAGAAAAACUCAGAGGGAGACGAGAGGUACAAGACAAAAAUUUUCCAAUCGCUCCAAUUUUUCCGGGAUUCAGGAAGAUGUCGAAA